UUGUUCGCUGGGUCACCGAGCCGCACUGACGUUUACGGGCCGAUUGUUUACAGCCGCAGAAGCUGCAGACGGAAGGCAGGAAGAAAAGUCUGAUUGUCCGUGUUCUCGAUGCGUGCAAGGGCCGACCAAUUUUUUUUGUGCAAAACCAAUCGAGUGAGAAGAGUCACUGGUGAACUAUAACAUAACCUACGGAGAAAAGUGUGUUUCCUUCACCCUCCGUUGUGCCCGUGUAAACGUUAGUGUGUCCCGUCUUGUACUGAAUCGUGUAAUCGUAGUUGAAAAGCAGCGGACAGUGUGCCACACUACCAAACGGGCACGUCCAGCUGCAGGUCCCCAAGGAGAAACACACACACACACACUCACACACACGCAUAUCACAAGGGUGUUUUUUCUUCUUCGUCUCAUUGCAACGUGCGUGCCGUGUAUUGCCUUUCUCGCGCGCGCAUAUGUGUGUAUGUGUGUAUGUAUGUGGAGUGUGAAUUGUGUGCGUGUCUCAUUUAGUGCGCCACGGGAGAAGGUAUCGCGAAAAUCGAAGCAGCCGUCCCUAGGAAAAAGCCUCGUGUGUGUGUCGUGUGUGUUUUUCUACGGUGCAUUUCGCUGAACCGACGCGUUCGUACGGAAAGUCCUGCCGAAGCUCCAUUUUGUAAAUUAGCCUACCGCUCUCCUCGUUUCCCGUUGCGUUCGGGAGAGCGUUACCUUUUUUUGGGGCUCUGGUGGUGGUGGUGUUGAUGAUAAGUGCCGUUCGGUUGUGUCCUCCGUAGCCGUUUUGCACACCUUUCGUUACCUUCCAUCAUCGGUGACCGCGCGCGCGAGUGCCUUUGUGUUUCUGCGUGAGUGAGUGUGUGCGUGCGUGUCGAUUUCAUUCUCUAUCCCCCCCGUCCUACCCCACCCGUGUUAGCGGGGUCGUCACCCUGCCAGCCUGUGUUGCCGAAUGAAGGGGCCAAACGGAGUAAGCGCCGCCGGCCCCCUCCUACCAGUACCAUCGUCAUUGCCGUGCCGUGACGGUGUGCAACGCAUGUAGCGUGGCCAGGAGGAAGUGCAGGAAGCCGACGUAACGAAGAAGCCACCGCGUGUGUCCGCUCUCUCACACACACUCACACAGGCACGCCACACAUCGUUUCUGCGUUCACCGCUCCCAUGAAGAGGAGCCAGCGCGACUAGAACGAAGGGCCGUGCUAAGCGAGGAGGAGCGGGUGCAGCGUGGUAGAGAGUGAAGAGUGAAGAGUGCGUGCACAAGCCACGGCACCUUUGCUGGGGGGGGGGUUGGUGGACAAAUAAUGUCGGAUGUAAAACGCGUCACACUCACGACGAUCAGUGAUGUGGUGAAAAAGGGUGGCACCAGCCCGUUCGGUGCAUUGUCGUCGGCGUUUGAGCCGAGCACCGCCGCGGCAAUUCACCCGUUCGGCAGCAGCAAAGGAGGGGAGACCACAAACAGUGGACCGAACGCCGGAAGUGGUGGUGGUGGUGGUGGUGCGACAGCAGCGAAGAAGCUCAAAACUGUCCGCCUCGAGCUGAACCUGUUCGAGCCGACCGCAGACAGUUUUCCCGAGUUUAACUUUUCCAAGCUGAUCCACGUCGAGCAGAAACGGCUGAAGAAAGCACAGAAAAAGCAGCAGCACGACGAUGAGGCGAACGGGUUCCUCUCCGACCCGGAGCUGGACAACGACGUUGCCCGAAUGGCCCGGGAGCUGGAGCGAAAGUACGGCUCGGGUUCGGACUACGCAACCAAGGGCAAGGCAGCCCGUCCCUCGAAGCUGGACUACUACGAUCGUGGCGCCGGCUACGACGAGGAAGACUCGUUCAUCGAUAACUCCGAAGCGUACGACGAACUGAUCCCGCAAGAGAUAGAAACCGUCGGCGGUGGGUUUUACAUCAACUCGGGCCAGCUGGAAUUUAAGCAGCUGUCGAACUUCGAGCGCCCCGAAGAUGCGCACCGGAUGCCGAAGCCGAAAAAGCGCGCCCUCUCCACCACAUCCGAAAGCAGCGACGAGGAUGAACCGGCGGGAGAGAAAAAGAAAGCACCGGCGGCGGAGAGUAGCGCCAGCGGCGUACCUGGGCAGUCGAAGCAAACGGUGGAGAAGCCCGCGGUCACGGCUGGCGUGCUGGAACCAGGUCGGACUCAACCGGACGGAGUCGAAAAAGGCUCCGAUGCCGGCAAGACCGGUGCCGGACCGGAACCGGAGGACAAAGCGCGCACGAACGGACACGUGGCCAAGAAGCAAAAGAUCGUAGAUAAUGGGCAGGUGGCGGCCGAGCAAAAGAGCAAAUCGUCCGCCAACGAAGGACAGGGAGUAGGAGGUGGUGGCAAAGAGAAGGCGAAUGGUGUGAAGGAAAAGGUAGCGGUAGCGCCCGGCGGUGUGUCGUCUACGGCUGGAGGCGAUGAGGCCAGCAAAAAGGACGAAAGCGGUAUGAAAGCGAUCAAAACGACCACCGUGAAAGAUAUGCUGCGGGCCAAGCGGGACAGCUUGCGCAAGAUGGAGCAGGAGAAGAAGGGACGCAGCAGUGGGUCGAGCCGCGUGUCCAGCUCGGAGGCGGAAGAGGACGGCGAUGGUGGCGGGGACGACGAGGACGAGGACGAGGAGAAUGACGAGGAAGAUGACGAAGACGACGAGGAGGAGGAGGAGGAGGACGAUGAGUAUGAUGAGGAGGGAAGCGAGAAAAAUUCGCCCGAGUCCGGUUCCGAGGUGGACAUAGCGUCGGAAAGCGAGAGCUGCCAUGGGAGUGAAAAGGACGCCAGGGCUGGGAAGUCGGGCGACCCACUGCCGGUGGCGAAUGGAGCGCUGGACGGUGGUGAAGGUGCCGCCGCCAGUGAGCCGGCCAAGGAGCGCAAGCAAAAGGAACGUAAGCUUCCCGAGGACAUUCCCGACCAGCUGCGGCGCGAUGUGGAUGCGCUGAAGGAGCUAGCGCGCGGCCAGUCCGGUGCAGGAGGGAAGCUGAACUUGUUCGAGAGCAAAGUGGCGGACCUGCUGCUCCGCAUCGACGACGGGGCCCGCGCGUCCGGUUCCGGCAGCAGCACGCGCAAUGCGGUGUUCCGCCAUCUCGAGGCGCAGCUGUCGGUCAGCCGGCAGUCGCUGCAGCUGAAGCUGAAGAAGAUACGCAUCCGGAAACUGGAGGGCAGGACGAAAUCGCUAGCAUCGAAGCUGGAGGACGUGAUCGCCGAUACGAUGCCGGCGAUCGUCACCAAGUACGAGCUGAACUGUCUGAAGGUGAACGAGCUGCGGCUGGCGGCAGCUCAAACCGUCACCAACAACCCACUGCCAAACGGGGAGAAGGGUGAUGCUCCACCCAACCCAGUCACGCAGCAGAUACGCAAUCCAAAGAAAAAGUACACCUGGAACGAGCGGUCGCGCGAUCUGCUCUGGGAGCUGUACAACGUGCGCCAGCAGCUGUUUGCCCUUGUGCGGCCGCGCAACCAGUCGGAGGACGAGGUGCUGGCGGAGUUCAUGCGCACGAAGGUGGUGCCGCUGUGGCCGAAAGGUUGGAUACGCUACGAAGACAUACAGAAGGAGCUGGACCGGCGGAAAAAGGCACUGGCAAAGGAUCAGGCUGCUGGUGCUACUGGUGGUGCGCCGCUUCCGACGGGGAAGAAAUCUACGCCGGUCGUUUCCCCGCUCGUGUCACCCAGCACGACACCGUUCGAGUCGGCGGCACUGCCCGUGCCCACUCCGAACGGUGUGAAAGCACACGAUGCUGCCUGUCCACCCCGUUCGUCCACCCCGGUAAAGUCGUCGGGGACCGGUAAGGGUGGAGUGGACGGUGACAAGAGCGCCGCCACUGCCACACAUCACUCACUGUCGGCGGCCGCCAACAUGUCGCCCAACGCUGCCCACAAACGUACCUCGGACCAUAGCAUUAUCAACAUUAUGAACUCACCGCCACCACCGCCUACGGCGGACAAGCAGUCCGCCGGCGAUCAGCGUCGCUCGUUCGACGCGAUGGACACGUCCGGUGCCCCGUUCGCCAAUCCGGACACCGGUGGGACGGUGGGCAGGGACAGCUUGAAACGAUCUCCUGCCACGCCGGCAGACAGAAGGAACCAGCUGCCCGAUCGGCAGCGGUGGAACAGCCGGGAGGACGACAGCGACAGCAGCAUCGAGAUUAUAGCGGAAUACAACGUUCCUAGGGCACCGGUUGGUGGUGGUGGUGGUGGUGGUGCGGCAAGCGUACCGUUCCAGGCGGGGAAGCUGCCCGCUUCCGCGACGGUGCUGCAGAUGACGACGCCAACCCUGCCGGGUGCAUCGAAUCUGCCCGUGCUGAACAAGGAAAAGUAUAAAAACUUGAUCGCGGCCAAGCACAAAUCGUCGUCGCACGGUGGCAGUGGCAGCAGUGCGGGCUCUAGCCCGAUCGGCAUGGGUGGUGGUGUGAUUGGUUUUGCUGCACCUUCGGGCAAUGUGAGUGGUGGUGGUGGUGGUAUGCAUGUUCCCGAUAUGGCCGGUGGCACUGGUGCUGGGAGCGUCCGGCUAAAGGAUACACCGUCGCCCAUCGAUGUGGACGUCCAUCAGAUCAUGAAGGAUCUCAAAGAACUGCAGGAACUCCAAAAGCAACACAACACCAGCGGUAACCGGAAGCCGGAUAGUUCAGCGUUACAAUCACAACAGCAGCACGCCGCAACGGCGACCACUACCACCACAUCCAAUGCAGCAGCCCGCUCCAAUACUGUUGCCGAUUACUUUAUCGACUGUGAUAUGGAUGAGGAAGAUAUACUGUUCGCCACCAACUUCACCUACGGUGGGGGUGCGCACAAGAACUGAAUAGCUGUCCCCAUGUGCAUGUGCUUAUAGAGUAGUGUCGUCGUCCUUCCUACCCAUCCUGAAGCAUAUCUCGGAAGUGUGUCCCAUUCGCCACAGUAUGUCGGUAUUGCGCAGUGGAGAUCGUUCUGAUAAGAAAAAAAUGGCAGCAUAAAAAGUACCGCGUGCGGCGGGAGGCGCGCGGGGUUCGUUACUCGCGCGAAUUCAAUGGAAAAAUUGCUUUCCUAAAAAGAUGACCCCUCAUCACCCACCCCAAAAAAGGCAAACGAGGAUAGGGCUUCUCCCGCGCGCUGCGCAUGAAUGCGCCCGAGCGCAAAACGCCACUGCUGCGUGAAAUGUGGUUUGUCCGGUUGCGCUUUUGUGGGAAACCGCGUGCGCGCCCGCCCGCCCGUUAAUGUGUAGCGAAUGGUUAACAGAAACCCCUCCCGGAGACUAAUUGGCAGUGUAUCGACACGGACACAGCUUCUGGACACAGCAAUGCAUAUAAUUGAUCCGAGGGUUUAGUUUAGGACGUGUGUGUGUUAGGCUAUAGCAGGCGGCUGUACUACCCCGCACGCACUUCUUCUGUUGCUCACGAGAAAAAACAAAUGCCAGUGGAAGUGUAAGAAGUAGGUUAAACAAAGGGCUAAAACGAUAAGAAGAAUAUUGAUUCCCCGUGUGGUGGUGGUGGUGGUGCGUUUAACGACAGAUCCCAUCAACCCGAUUCAACUCGCAGUACUCUACCAGAGAGAUCUAUGGGUGCAUUUUUGUUUCACACUCUGUUUUGUACAUUCGCGUUAGCAAGGCGACACACACACAUAAACAGUAACCACACACCCACACACUCGCGGGGGUUUAUUGUAGCAUAAAUAGAACGUUGAUUGUGUAUGAAUUGUAAAAAAAAACAAGAAAGGAAGAGCUAGAUGGACUGCAUACAAAGAUAGCCUAAAAGAGCGAUAAGAACGUAAGAUAAAUGAUCAUUUUAAAUUGAAUAAUUUUUCAUUCAACUUCCCACUUCUCGUCCCCUUCGUUACUGCCUAAUGCAGGUGUUACUUACGAAUGUUUUUGUUUUGCUCAUGUUAUGUAUAAAGAGUGCGUGUGUGCUUUUGUUUUGCUAUACUAUUUAUCCCCAACAAGUUUCUUUCUGUUUUCCGAUUUCCACUUCUACUGCUUACGUCCCUUUUAAUGUAGGAUAUGUUUUGUUUUCCAAACACUCUGGGAACAUUUUUUGUGUAUAAUGUUUUAACUUUAUCCAACAUCGUGCUGUGUUCUCUCUCUCUCUCUCUCUCUCUCCAGACUGGGACGGAGAGGAUGGGUAGAGGAUCUACCGUUACGUUUUCUAAUGAACUCUCCCAGAGCACAGGGUAAACGAGAGGGGAAGAAAAGGGGCAUGGAGUCUGGCAAAUGAAUCUAAAAUUUAAGCCACUGAUUCAACGGUUCUCCACCAACACAGAGUUACAGAAACAAACACACUUAGUAAGAUGUAAUAAAAACGGAAAUUAGAUUUCUACACUGGA